GACAAAUUAAGAGAACGAUCUAAAUACUGUGAAUGUAAAACUGAUACUCAACUUUUACACAUAUACUUUAUGAAAGUAAAAAUGAAAGAAAUUCGAUUACUUUUUCCCUGUUUGGAUGAAUGCCAUCUGCAGCAAAAGGUAUAAGAACUUAGCUCUAGCGUCAACGGAGGCUCCGCAAGAAGACUGUUUUCAACGUGGAAGUCAAUUGAAGAAAAUUUCCACGUACUCGUACAAAGGAAUAAAUGGUAAAAGUGUGCAAUAGUCUCCAGAUAAACAUGUGAAAGACACAAAUAGGGAAAAUUGGUUUCAAUGGACGGCAAAACAAGGGUUUAGUGGGAAAAAUGGGUGGGAAAUCAAGGGUUGAAUGGUUAAGUUGACCCACUCUGUUUACCGUCAAUUUUUAAUGUUUGUAUAACUCCGGAUAGUGUACCAAUCCUUGCACAGAGAGAGAGGAAAAAAAAAAAAAAAAAAGGAAAGUGAAACUUGGGCCAGCCGAAUGUGUUUCAGUGACCAGCCCACUGGGCUUUCGUUGCGUUAUAGAUUUUCAUACGGCGGUGCCCAUAGCAUGUGCAGGUUCAAGCGCACAUUACGCACCGUUUUUAGCUGGUCCGUAGUUAGCGCACAUAUCAGCGUCUCACAUGCCUUUGCUAGUUGCCACUCUUCUACUCCGAGGUGACAGGAGUUCUGCCCGAUCAUAUACGUAAAUCCCGAUAAUUCCUCUGCCAUUACGAAGACCUUCGUCUUUGUCGUCUUUUUUCAUUUUCCAAAAAUUUACCAUAAUUAUAUAAUAUGUUUUAAAUCCGAGACAACGAAAUUUCUCCAACUUACUAUUGCUAUGUAUUAAUCAUUGUUCAUUAGAAUUCAGAAAGAAGUUUAAUCCGGUAGGUAAAAGUAGUGAAACAAUCCAGCUUUUAAUCUCAUCUUUCGCUGUUAUACCGAUCUGGUUAUUUAAAAUUUAUACUUUGAUUUCAGUGGGUAUUUCUUUACUCUACUUUCCCAUUUGAGCACUUUCAAUUUUUUCUUUCCUUUUUUGAAAUAUCUCAUGGAUCUUCCAUCCUGCUUCAGAUUUUUAAGUCCUUAGACUCAUCAUCGUGGAUUUCAUGCAGGUUUAGAUUGCUUUUUUUUUUUGCGUGUUGUUUUCCAAUUUUGCUGUUUAUUUUUUUCAAAAAGAGCAUUUAUUGGGGGUAAGGGAGAGAUGGCUCUAGCUCGUCUAGGCCGCCAGGCAAAACGCCCAUAUGGGUUCUGUGCAAAGGUGACGGCAGUGGCCGUCAUGGGUCUUUGCUUUAUAGUUUUAUGGUCUGUGUUUUCUUCUUCUUCCACAUCCGUUACUGUUCAAAGAGAAAGCUUCGACGAUAUAGGCGAACCUGCAUCAGGGAAUGCAAAGGUAAGAACUUUUGGGUCUCAGACUAAUAAGAAACAAGUGGAAAAGCAUGAAUCGAGUGAGAAAGUUAAAUUUGAGUCUGAUUUGGAGAAGGUUGAGAAAAAGGUCAAUGCUUCUUCUGUGUCUUCUUCUGUCAAUAAGCAUAAAUCUGAGAAGAAAAGAAAAGAAAUACCAAAUAAGAAAAAAGAGAAAGAAAAGGUAAAGUUGCCAGAGGGAGGGAAAAGAGAAGAUAAUGGGUCUGAGGAAUCUGAAAAUGAAGAUUCACAAAAGGAAGAGGAAGACGAAGAAGGACUAGUAGUGGAUGGCAAGGAACAAGCUUUGGAACAUGAAGGUGAAGUGAGUGAAGACACAGAUGAAGAAGGUGUUUUGGUUGAGAAAGUUGAUCAAGAAUCUGAGGAGAAGUUGGAAGACGAAAGUGAUGAAUCGAGAAAAGGGAAAAAGAAGACAAAGAAGAUAAAGGGUCCGGUGUUUGAUCCGAAAGUGCAAUAUAGUUGGAAACUUUGUAAUGCAAGGAGCAAGCAUAAUUACAUUCCUUGUAUUGACUAUGAAGUUAGUUCAGGAAAGCUCCAAAGCUAUCGUCAUACAGAGAGGAGUUGCCCGAGAACACCACCAAUGUGCCUUGUACCUCUUCCCCAUGAUGGGUAUCGGGUUCCAGUGCGGUGGCCCGAGAGCAAAGUGAAGAUAUUAUAUAAGAAUGUGGCACAUCCAAAACUUGCUGCAUUCAUUAAGAAACAUAGUUGGGUGAUGGAGUCUGAAGAGUAUCUCGUCUUCCCCCAAAACCAAUCUGAGUUUAAGGGUGGAGUUUUUCACUAUAUUGAGUCCAUUGAAGAGAUGGUACCAGAUAUUGAAUGGGGGAAGAACAUUCGUGUAGUGCUGGACAUUGGAUGUACAGAUUCAAGUUUUGUAGCUUCUCUUUUUGAUAAGGAUGUAUUAACAUUGUCAUUGGGCUUGAAAAAUGACCUAGUUGACCUAGCUCAGGUUGCCCUUGAGCGUGGUUUUCCUACACUGGUGAGCCCUUUUGGAAGUAGAAGGCUUCCUUUUCCUAGUGGCGUUUUUGAUGCUAUUCAUUGUGGUGGGUGCACUGUAACAUGGCAUUCAAGUGGGGGAAGGCAUCUUCUAGAGAUGAAUAGGAUUUUAAGGCCAGGCGGCUACUUUGUCUUGUCAACUAAACAUGACAACAUUGAAGAUGAAGAAGCCAUGACUACUUUGACAGCUUCAAUUUGUUGGAAUAUUCUGGCUCAUAAAACCGAUGAUGUUGGUGAAGUGGGUGUUAAAAUAUAUCAGAAGCCCGAAUCAAAUGAUAUAUAUGAGUUGAGGAGGAAGAAACAUCCACCUUUAUGCAAGGAAAAUGAAAACCCAGAUGCUGCCUGGUAUAUUCCCAUGACGACUUGCUUGCAUACCAUUCCAUCUGCUAUAGAACAACAUGGAACUGAGUGGCCAGAGGAAUGGCCCAAGAGGCUCGAAACUUAUCCUGACUGGUUAAAUGAUAAAGAUAAAUUGAUUGCAGACACGAAGCACUGGACUGCUAUUGUUGACAAAUCCUAUCUCACUGGAGUUGGAAUUGAUUGGGCCAAUGUUAGAAAUGUAAUGGACAUGAAAGCCAUAUAUGGGGGCUUUGCUGCGGCCCUUAUAAAACAGAAGGUCUGGGUGAUGAAUGUUGUUCCGGUCCAUGCACCAGACACUCUUCCAGUCAUUUUCGAUCGUGGGCUUGUUGGCGCGUAUCAUGACUGGUGUGAAUCUUUCAGCACUUAUCCUAGAUCAUAUGACCUUUUGCAUGCUGAUCAUCUAUUUUCACGGCUAAAGAACAGGUGUAAGCAGCCGGUAUCAAUUGUUGUUGAGAUGGAUCGUAUAUUACGGCCGGGGGGUUGGGCAAUUAUACGCGAUAAAGUUGAGAUACUGGAUCCAUUAGAGGGAAUAUUGAGAAGUUUGCAGUGGGAGAUACGAAUGACUUUUUCUCAGAACAAAGAGGGUAUUAUUUGUGCUAAAAAAACCAUGUGGCGGCCUUAACUUGUCCAUUUUCUUCAUCUGAAGUGUUAUUACUGCUAUGACUACUAAUUUUUACGAGAUUUCUGGAUGUGCCAGAGGGCCAAAGAGCAUAGGCAAAUUUUUUAUUUUUGCUUGGAAGAAAAAGGAACCAAAAGGGGAAGAGUGUUCAUAUUGUUCAUUUUUAUGCAAGAUUUGUGCAUUGACGUAGUUAAUGAGGACACUAAUUGGAUAUACCAAUUUUUAUAGAUGUUUUUUUAUGAUUUUUUUGGGUGGUCUAUUUUGUUUAGUCCUGGCCUCUUCGGGUAUGUAAAGUUCGGGGGAGAGAGGUUGAUUGGUUGAAGGUUUACGAGUCCCAUGUCAAGAAGUGAUAUUUUUGCUUUU